ACCUAUAUAUACAUGUAUGUAAAGCAGCUCAUUAGUUAUUCGUAAUAUCCUAUCUUUAUCGUCAACAUACCUGCUUGUCGCUAUCUCUGUAAUCUUGUUUAAUAAUUUCAAAGAUAUUUUCAUAACAUUAUUUUUUACAAAUUCUGUUUUGCGUACGCGACUGCGCUGUCGACAACGCCGCGGUCGACGCACAGCGCUGACGAUUCCGUUGGCACGACGUUUGUCAUUUUCUAGAGCUGUUAAUUGAAUUCCAAAACACCCCGAAGUUGUUUGCGCGUGGGUCCAGCUCCAGCGGACCCGUUUUUCCAGCAACUGCGCGAACGCAAUGCGCCAAGCGCGCGCAAGUGCGGCGAGCAAGAGGCGCGGCGUGCCGAUCUGCAGCUAUUUAGAUUAGUUAUCGUGCGCAGCGUAAUUUAACUUGCAAAUGUACACAUUCCUAGCCGCUAAAUAGACUUGUACAAACAAAACAAGUGAACAAUAUAUUUUAAUGUAUAAGAAAGGUAAGACAAUAAAAAUCCAAAUACAUCUGUGCGGAUGGUAUAAUAUGCUUCAGAUGCGAUAACGUUGCGUUGGCCAACAACAACAACACCAAUGAAAUAAUUAGCGACCACGCCAACAGCGCUUUCACUUUCAGGGGACGCUCGUGAACGCCAAUACCCGGCCGCGUCGCAAUAGCCGCAAUAUUUUAGCGGCCCUCAGCCGUCGCCGCAUUUGCGUCUUGUAGGCAGAAGAGCGCGCGUGCAUUUCGUGCAGCUUCUAUAUUUUUUUCGGUGUUUUCGUUGGUGUUUUUUCUGCACUUCUUCUCAGAUCAGCGGCAAAGUGUGUGUUGCGUUAAUUGUCGCCAUCGUCACUGCGUAUAUUCUUCUUCUUCUGCUAACGCUCGAGUAACAACAAAGCCGCACCGGCAUCUGCGGUUUUCCGCAGCACCAAAUCAAGUCAACUGCCCGCUGCCAGCCGCGCUGAACAUGACAAAAACGCUUAAGCAACAACGCGUUAGUCAACCUGCAAGCUAACCAGGUUGGUCAAGCGGCCGCAGUCAGUGCAAAGUCAGUCAGUCGAGCAGUUCACAGCGAAGCGGUCCAAUACCGCUGCCUCCACUAACAAAUACCAACCAUACAAAAUAGUCGAUUUGUACAGAGCUACAACAGCACUGCACCCAACAUGGAUCCACUCACAGUUUUGCUGCUCUCGUUCAUCAUCCUGGCGCUUAUUUGCAUACAUUUGCACCGCAAACAGCAAUACUGGGAAGCGCAAGGCAUACCGCUGCUUAAACCGUUCUUGUUCUUCUUCUACGGGCGUGGUCGCAUUGGUACCGACUGUCAUGCUAUCGACAUACCCAACGAAGUCUAUCAACGCUUUCGCGAAUCGGGUGCACCCUUAGCGGGCAUGUUCAUGCUGAGCGAUCCGCUUAUCAUACUACUCGAUUUGGAGCUCAUCAAGCAUGUGUUGAUUAAAGACUUUGCCAACUUCAGUUAUCGCGGACUCUACCACAAUCUACGCGAUGAUCCGCUGAUGGGUAAUCUAGCUGCAAUCGACGGUCCUUACUGGAAACGGCUACGCGCCAAAUUGACACCAUCCUUUACCACGGGCAAAAUGAAAUUCAUGUAUCCCACACUCAUAAAAGUGGCCGAACAAUUGCCUGGAGUUGUGGAUCGGCGCCUCUCGGACGCUGACAUAAUCGACGUAAAAGACUUGUCAGCCUGCUAUACCACCGAUGUGAUAGCGAGCUCUACACUUGGCAUUGAGUGUGAUAGUCUACACAAUCCACUUGAGGACUUUCGUCUUAUCACCGUCAAGUUCUUCGAGGAGUAUAGUGUAACACGUGAUUUGAUUAGCCAACGCCUACCGCAGCUUGCCAAAAUGUUGCACUGGACCAACACACCAAAAGUGGUGACAGACUUCUACAUCAAAGUUGUGCGCGACAAUAUAGCCUACCGUGCGGAGCAUGGCAUUGUACGGCAAGACUUCUUGCAAAUUAUGAUCGAUCUCAUUAAAACCGAAGCACUCACAAUGGAAGAGAUUGCUGCGCAGGUGUUUGUCUUCAUCAUAGCGGGCUAUGAGACCACUUCGACGACCAUGACAAAUUGUCUGUGGGAACUGGCGGUGAAUGAGGACAUACAAGAGCAAGUGCGCGAGGAAGUUGUGCAGGUGAUGCAGGAGCACGAUGAUGUGCUCACUUACGAGUGUCUCAAGCAGAUGACCUACUUGGAUCAGGUGCUCAAAGAAACCUUGCGUAAACAUCCCAUUGCGCCUGCCUUGAAGCGUGUUGCUUACGAAGACUACAAGGUACCUGGCACCAACUUUGUCAUCAAAGCCAACACCACGGUGCUCAUACCAUCCGAAGCAAUACAACACGAUCCACGCUACUACCCAGAACCGGAGAAAUUCGAUCCAUUGCGUUUCACACCCGAAGCCAUGGAGGAGCGACACCCGAUGACAUUCCUACCAUUCGGCGAUGGUCCACGCAACUGUAUUGGCUUGCGCUUCGGCCGCAUGCAAGUGCUCAUCGGUUUGGCAGUCAUGUUACGUAAAUAUCGUUUUAGUGUGGCACCAACCACACCCAUACCGUUGGUGUACGACCAAACAAUUUUAUUGCGCGCGCCGAAAGGUAAAGUGGAGCUCAAGUGUGAGCGUUUGGUUGAGGAGAAAUUUGCAGAUCAUAUACCGAAGGGUGCUAACGUAGAGGUGGAAAACUUUGCCGCAAGUAUAAGAGAGCGGCGUGAGUACGAAUACACAGAUGGCGAGAGAAAUAAAUAAUGCACGAAGUGUGCGGAGUUAUGGUUGUGGUUCGAAAAAGUGUGAAAUUUUGUCACAGUUAGUUUGAGUGCUUUGAGACUGCUUUUUGAAGUGUUCGAAAUGAUUUUCAGUGCCGUUUUCUCAAAGUCUGCUUAACAGCCUUUAAAAAAAGGGUGCUUUACCGAAGGCAGUAAUCUUGGUUAAGUAACCAGAACUUAACUGACAGUUGGCUGCUAAACAGACAUUGAGAACACGACGCUUGGUGUAUAGUUAUUUUAGACUUGAUAUGUGUCGGUUGUGAAAAAUUUAAAGGAAAUGAGGGGCGCUCAGAGAAUUCAUUGAUGGAUAUGUCUUUCCAAACACAUUAUGUACCUAAAUAUAGACGUAUAGAUACGGGCCCUAUGCGCUCGCUUAGUUGCUUAGUUAGUACCCAGCUUUAAUGUGGCCGAAUUGUUUAGCUGACAUAAUGGUGCUCCCCAAAUAAAAGCUUUGUCCAGCACCAUAUACAUACAAUGCUUAUGUAAUAUAAUAUAUCUUUACACUUUACAAUAUAAUAUUUGUAUACUUACACUUUAAUGCCUAUCGUCACCUAAAAUGCGAAAUAACCUACUAUAACUUUUCAUAAAUUUACAAGCGAAGCGAAAAACCGUCAUAAUAGAAACCACUCAAAUUGAAACAAAAUUUGAGUUUCGGUUAUAUAUUUGUUAUCAUACAUAUAUAAAAUGGUUACAUAUUGGUUAUCAUACCUAUAUGAACUGGUUAUAUAUUGGUUAUUAUAUCUGUUAGCGAUUUUAAUUAUUUUUUUAUGAUACGUUGUUUUGCAUUUUAGGUGACAUUAUAUUUUUUACAGUUAUUUUUAUACUUACGCGUGUUUUAUUAAACGUUUUAUUAAAAAAAUGUUAUUUUAUAUUUGUAUUUUUUCCAAAUAAAUUGUUUUGAUUUUUUAUUUUAAAAA